GGCUUAUGACCUCUUUAAUUAAUAGGCAACAAUAUCUGUAUAGAUGUUUGCUAUUUUGUUACAUCAAUUUAGCUUUUUUGUUUGUUUCAUUAUAUCGCGUGCAAUUAACUUCUUGAUUAAUUUAAAUGUUUACCCAAUAAUUAAAUUUGAUUCAUUAGAGCACAUUAUCGAGACCGCCGUUCCAAAGUCCGUGUUUUGUUCACUCUUAUUUUUAUCUUAAUUCUUCUAUCACGAAGUGUUUUUUUAUUGAACAGGAUUUGAAUUGUAGAUGUACACAUUUAACAACAAAAUAAGAAGUUCAAUUUUUAGUUUAAUAAUAUUAACACAACAAAGUUUCCUUUCUUCUGCUAUUAAUAAGAGUGUCGCCUUUCUUUUGUAAUAAAAGUAGAUUGAUGUAUUUAAAAAAGGAAUAUAAAUAUUAAACGUUAAAUACCUUAAGACGACAUGAGAACAGAAGCAAGGUUGCAAGUUUAAAGAGCCCAUUAUUAAAAAAACGAAUUAUCUUAAUCCAAUCUCUUCUCUAAUUACUUAUCACGGUAUCUUGUAAAUAGCUAUAAUCAAGUAAAUCUAUAUAAUAGAUAUUAACGGCCCUCUUAAUGUGCAUUUAAAAUUAGCUGUCCCAUAUCAAUAGUAACAAUUAAUUAGUUAAUGUGUACUACCUACUAUGGUAUGUAAUCGUCGAGACCGUUCGUGCGUCAAUCGUUUUUAACAAAUAACCGAAUGAUAACGUUGUAACCUCUGUUAUCGCCGUAUCCCGGAACGUCUGCGAACUCCGUAGCUCGAGCGUUGAGGAUACGUUAGGUAACAACGGCGGAUAUUGUUCGGUGCAUUUACAACUCUCUAUAUAAACCACCGGACAGUUCCAUAUAUGUCAUUUCAUACUACACUCUGAAAGGAACAACUGACGAGUACACACAGCUAACUGCUCGGACACAGUCCACUGAUCGUAUUUCAAGAAACGUACGCAGUGCCACUUACACGUGCGCUGAUCGAAUGCGACUCUACGUAGCAUUUACCUUAUUGUGAAGUUUUGUGAACGGCCGUAACAAUGUAUAACCGGACGAGUGCAACGUUGAUGCUACAGACGAUAAUGGUGUUGAUGGAUAAACAGAAUUCUUCUGACGUCACUCACUUCCCGAACUCUUUUAAUGAUGAUGUGGAGUUGGAACGUUGCUUCGAUAUAUAUGGAUGCUUUUCAAAAGCUUACCCAUGGACUGAGCAUCGACCUGAUAACUAUUUCCCAGUGCCGCCCGAAGCGAUGGCAGUUCGAUAUCCUGCCUUUACGAGGAGAAAUCGAAAGAUACCAGUGAUUUUUGAAGCAGAUAAUAAAGACAGAAUAGCAAACGCAAACCUUGAUCCUAGGGGGCCAUUUUAUUUUAUAUCCCAUGGAUUCUUAGAAGGCGGACACAAAGUUUGGAUUCAAAAUAUGGCAGAUGCAUUGCUGAACUUGGAAGGCAACGAAGGCGCAACAGUGGUUGUUGUAGAUUGGCGAGGAGGGUCGCAGCCACCUUAUGGACAGGCGGUUGCUAACAUCAGACUAAUUGGAGUUAUGACUGCACAUCUUAUACAUAAUAUAUAUGAAGUCUUGGGGCUGUCACAUUUGGACAACUUCCACUUUAUUGGCCAUUCCUUAGGUGCUCACUUAGGCGGCUAUUGUGGACACGCAUUGCAAAAGAGAUUUUAUUUGAAAUUGGGACGAAUAACAGGUUUGGACCCAGCAGCGCCUCACUUCAGUGAUACCGUCACUUUGGUGCGUCUGGAUCGGUCGGAUGCUAAGUAUGUUGACAUCAUACACAGCAACGCGUUGAAGUUAAUCUAUUCAGGUUUUGGUAUGAUCGAACCGAUAGGUCACGUGGAUUUUUAUCCCAAUGGUGGGGUAACACAGCCUGGUUGUAAGCAAGGCGACUUUACAAGCGGUAAGGUAACCGGGCUAUCGUACAAGCAAGUUCAAAAGUUCGUGGGUUGCGAUCACGAGAGGAGCUACGAAUACUUCACAGAGAGCAUAUCGCCAUCUUGUCCUUUUAUAGCAGUGCAGUGCCAUUCUUAUGAAUCUUUCCUCGCUGGCAACUGUACGAGCUGUGACAAGCAUCACUACUGUAUACCAAUGGGGUACCAUUCUUACAAUAUCUACAAGCGAUUGCAACUCGGCGGCUUAGUUGAUACUAACUCGAAUAUUGCUCUGUACGCAAUGACUGGCAGCUCAAAACCUUUUUGCCGAGUGCAUUAUGAAGUGGUAAUAAAAGUAGCAAACUCAACAGAGAGUAUAACUCAUGGACCAGAGUCAGGAAAGCUGUCGAUAACGUUGGUCGACCGAAACAAUAAUAAGAGUGAUCACGUGUUUUUGGAGCAUGAACAAAAAUUCUACAAACCAGGUGUAACUGAAAUCAAAAUGGUGGCUUUUAAAGACACCGGUCACCCGCCAAUAUUUGUUAUCGUAGAAUGGAAGUACGAAACGAACUUAUUCAACCCCAUGACAUGGCGACUUCUGAAGAGUCCUAGCAUUUACGUCGAGUAUUUAAAGUUAUCUUCUAUUGAAUAUAACACAGACAUUACAGUUUGCUCAAAACGGAACAAACCGGUAGUCGCCAAUCUGCCAACUAUAAUGAAAACGAAAUACUGUAAAUUUUGAUUAUAUGAAGCCUUUUUACUUAUAACACACUCGUUACGAAAACAAUCGGACAAUGCACUUAAGACAAUGCAAAACGUCUACAAAAGUAUUCUAAUAGUAUUUUAAUUAAUUUUAAUGCCUAAAAUAUUUAAAGCCAUUC